CCCCCCUCUCAUGACGGAGAUGAGCGUGUGUGUGUGCGGGUAGGAGGAGGGAACGGGAGGGAAUCUCGGCCGGGGUUUGAGAGGGAAGAGUGGGUAAGGUGGUCAGGACCCACCCCCUCUUAUUUUACUCUGCCUUUCGCGCACCGCUUUGCGCGCCCUGCAUUGAAGGGGCUGAGCGGAGGCGGCGUGAGACCCGGGAGAGCUGUGAAGGCUUCGGCCACCGCUGGGAAUUGGCUGCUGCUGCUGCAUGCGAUGUUCUGUCACAACGGGCGGGCAUCGCCACCGGCACCUCUGCAAGGGAGCGGCUUAUGAGAACGACUCUAAUUCCUGCAGCUGCUGCUUGAAUCAACCCGUCCCCUCUGCCAAGAGAGCUACUGCCGAUUUGCCCAUUGUUCAGUUGCGAGAGCGAUGACUGAUCCCAGCGCCACCAUGGAUGGCAAAUCGAUAGACGCCGACGGUGUAGAGAAUGAUCCGAAGAGCCCCAAGAAGAUUCAGUUUGAAAUGCCUUCGUUCCAGACGUACCUGGAUCCCGCCUCGAGCGAACAGAUCAGACGCCGCAGACCCACGCCAGCCUCUCUCAUUCUUCUGAGUGAUCAGUCAUCCCCAGAGGAGGAACAAACAUCGUGUGUGACAGGCAUUAAUUAUUUGGCGCAAACUUCACAACCAAGACCGCUAAGUGUCUUCAACCCACCUACAAGGAAAGAGCUGCAGGAGCUGGUGAGAUUCAGCAUGGCACGGGAUGGGCGUGAGAGCGAAAUCUCGUCGCCGGAGGACACCUCGACAAGCCCCACCAACGGGUCGCUUCCGAGCGGCAACGGCGGCGACACCGAUCACCAUGGGCGCGACGAAGCCGGCAAGAAGACGAGCAGUGGAGAAACGCAGGAAGCGGUGUGUGCGGGCAGCGAGACCGCUCCCGAAGAAAAUGCCCAUGGAGGGAAACCGCUGCAAGACUGUCGCAUGGACAACAGUUCCAGUGAACGGUCCUAGCACCGUCGACAUUCUCACAGCGAGCGAGUGACGUCAGCUCUCCUCGGAGGAUGGUGUCAUCAGGAUCUUUGAUACCUGCGGUGCAACGUGCGACGCGUUUGUCGCUGGAGCCCUGACAAUCUUCUGGCCGGCACUCGCGCAUCUCCCUCUCAUAAUAUGGACGGCACCGCUUGGCCUCUGGGGACAAUCGUUUUAUUGAAUGCGUGCGACUGCUUUCAUUGCCCCCCUCGCCUGCAGCAGCUUACACUGACCCGUGAUUCUCCGACGCUCAUCUGGUCACCACACGGGACCCAGGGGACACCAGGGGUUCGGCGCAUGGCUGGCAUCGCCUGGGAAGAGGCGUCGGUGAAAUGGGCCUCUCCAAUGUCAAUUUGGAUAAAUUUGGAUUUUUCCAUUUUUUAUUACCUUUCAUAAUUUCUCACUGGAAUAAUAUAGGCUGAGAAGGCAGCGGCGGAGGCUCACUGCACACUGUGCCGCUGCUUGUUGAGUUAUAUACGGGGCUUAAUUUUUCACUGAAUAAUAUUCGCGUCGGGAGUAGGCCUCGAGACGGACCGUAGGGUGGUCACCGCCAUAGUGAGAAGUUUGUUGGAUGUGAUGUGAUUGCUAAAAUGCGGGUCGUGGAACCAAGAAAGACCCGUCUGAAAUUAAACCUUGGUUGUAUACAGUAUUGCCAUUGUAAUCACGGCAGCAGUACUUUAUGCUGGCAUGACAUAUCCCUUGCUCUUGAAAUGCACAGUGUUCAGCAUCAUGCCCUUGUGUUCUCGUCAUCUUCAUUUGUGGCAUUUACAUUUCUUGUGUUGCUUUGUAAAGGAGAUGGACAGAGGACGUUAUAGUCCCGUUCGAGCUGGUUGAGUGGUUGUGGCCGGGAUUUAGGAUGUGACACGACUUUUGUCAGGAGCCGUCGAUGACAGCUGGGGACAGAGACUCGUCGUUUUUACAUCCGUGACCUUUCUGUCUGACAUGCGCCCAUGCAGUGACCAACCACUGUGAACAACGGUCAAUAAUUGAAUCCCAUUUAAGCUUCUAACCUCGCCUUGAACUGUACACUGUGUUAAAAUCAGUCACGGUGAUAACAUAAUAUGAGUUCACUGUCAAUGUUAGUCAGAGUUUUGGAAUGUCACCAAAGUAGGUCCACUAAUGUCAGAUAAGGGCACAAUGGGUUCAUUUUGAAAAUGGACAAUGCGACUUUACAGGACGUUACACAAUACUGAGCAUUGAAAAGUUUUUUUUUAAGUAGCUUUUUGCACAAGUUUAGCAUUCUCGCACGUCCUAUCUCACUUUGCAUGCCCAGCAACAACACUGAAAUGCACAAAAGAUUUCUCACCCUGGAAUUUUUCCGAUGCCCUGUGCCAUUUUCACUGUGUCUAAUAUUGAUCGUCCUAUCGGUCAUGCCAUUACAAGACAAUAACUAGUACAUGUGACGGUUGAUGGUGGUUUUAUACAGCCUUCACUGGGAAUCAAACAAGUCACUAAGUUUGUAGUGCAGUGCACUAACCACUGCGCAAUCGCUCAACCCAUAUGUAGUCUGUACAAAUUCAAAUGAAGACCUAACGAGACUGAACGCUAGCUUGCUGUAGGUUGGAUAUUUUUGGCACGGAAAAAUGGCACAUUUUUUAUAUUAUAUCAGAAGUGAUGUAUCAUUGCUUCUUUCUGUUGGAAAAUGGGACACUAACUACAAGAAUUUGCUGCACACAGUCGUGCGUUGGGCCUGGGUAAUUGAAUGGUUUUAACAACACAAAGGUGUCCAGCUUUGCAUGUACAAAUGAUCUUAGCCUUAUCCAGACCACCAGCUCAAAAUAAUUGCAUGUGUGCCCAUAUUGUCGUUUAAUCCACCAACUCAAAGAGUUUAGAAAAUGUGCCCAUCCUUAGGGCAGCAGUGAGGCAAAGACAACCAUUGGCUGGUUUCAUUCUCAUGCAGACUCAUCAGCACACUAAAAUCAUCACAUUUCAUGCUAGCGGUAGGAGCAGCCACAUUUUUCACACAUUUUUCUCAACUCUUCUCAAAGAGUUGGGAAAACGACAAAAUGGCCACAUAUGCAGCUAUUUUGAGCUGGUCUGGGUAAGCCAGGGAGCGUUUGUACAUGCAAUAUUGUACUCAUUUGAUGUAUUGUUAAACCUAUGUUUUUCCGGCCGCAUUAAUUUCUCUGGUUUGAUGGGUUUUCUCAUCAUUUGCAGAUUUGAAUGAUUGGGCAAAGUAGACAGGCGUCAGAACAGUGUUUAAUGAGGCCCAUUUGCUCGUCUGAGCUCACCUGUCCCACCCCCAGGUGUAGCUGCGCUUAUUUCAUCAGAUGACCGACUUUAGGUGCAUAGAGAGCGGCUUGCUCCAAGCUAUGGGCAGAGAUGAUGCGAGAGCUUUCUGGUGUCAUUUUAAAACCCUUGCUGUUUGAUUCACAUUUUUAAUAUGAUUGUUGAACAGGCAUUAGUUGAUAUUGUACAUUUCUCACUUAUUAAUAUAUACGGUAUUUGAGUCGGGGAGAAUUACUCGCAGUGGAACAUAUUUUAAGUUAGGAAAACUGUUGUAAUCACUUUGUAUGAAAGCUGUCAUGACCACACAAAGCCAUCAUAACGUUUUUAACAUAUUCAUAUAUCCACAAUUGUAAUUUAAAAGUAGAACGAUGCAGAAUCAGUCAAUAAAAAUCUUAACCUUA